GCCUGCACGUGUCAAUGGAAUUCUACGACAGCAGCGUUAGGGACCCAAUGGAAACGACUCAAUCCACAUUAGAAAAAACAGGGUUUGAUAGCGACAAGUGGUAUACCGUGUAUGUGGUGUGGUGUGGUCCAUGCAAAAAAGUGUGGCUCGUGUGUAGAGAGGUCGGGACCGUUCCCUGGACGGUGGAAAGUGCUGACACUACCGGGGGAGCAGUGGUGACCACGAUGUCCGGACUGGUCGAGGGAUAUGAUUUUUCUGGAAGUACAGGUCCAUCCUUAAGUCCGUUGCACGGAGGUCUCGCCGAAGUGAAAAUGUGGAGGGGCUGCAAACCAGAGAACAUAUGGGAUGAAAUAGCUGGGCCCAUCGGGGAAAGCGAAAAUCCCGAACCGGCAAAAUAGUCUAAGAAGCAUGGAACCCAAGACUCGGACCAGUUUACACGAGAAUACAACUUUUGUGAAACAAGCAGCUCUAUUACAUAGCUAACUAUUUCUAAACCUAAGCCCGAAGGUUGAGGAUCAAUAUUAUGUCUUCGAUUUUGCGGUAUUAAAACGUGAUUUCCACCUUGCUUUCUGUAAAAAAACAUGCUCUGAUUUGUAAGUUCUAUACCUUUUCUGUUAUCAAAUAACGAAGUAAGGCAUUUAAAAUCGACCUUAAUAUCUUCAUAAAUGUUGUUUGUGGAAAAUUAAAUUUAUUACGAACGAGUUACAGAAUUACUUCAAAUAGGACUUGAUUGUUUUACACUUGCACCGCAUACUUCCUUUCGCACAUUUUCUUUUACUUCUUUUUUUGCUUAAGUUUACUCUUGCACCGCAUAAUUGCCUUUGCACUUAUUUUGACUCUGCUUCUGCACUUGUUUUUGCUUCAGACGAC